GUGACAUCUUCGCACAGCAACUUGCUCUUCCUAACUCAUCUCGCUGCCUCGCCGCCAAAUACGAGGUACGCAGUGUCUGACCGGGCUACCCACCACGAACCUUCCUCCACCGGCAUCAGCAGGUGACAAAGUAUUCGCUACAGCUGCUCCUUAGUUGAUCUCCGUUCAUCAGCCCUACAACUUAUUUUGGACGGCAAGUAGACGUGUCGCUUAUCAUCGCCCUACCCGCAUGAUCGAGUCGCAUCGCAGCCGCCCAUUCUUGAGUUUCACCGCAAGCCUGCCGCCGGCGGCAUCUGGCUCAGACCCCAGCAUGGCCCUGUAGUGGACCACGAGAAGCUCCUCCUACUCGAGCACAGACAACCAGGCUACUAAACAACAACUACCGCUACGGGAACUACCGCCAUAAUGCAGUCGUUCAAGGCAGUCUUCUUCAAGCCGGAUCCCCAGGAACAAAAGAGAAAAUGCGACGGCAUCAUCCGUAAAAACGUCCGGGCCUUGGACCGGGAUAUAACCAACCUGAAGAUUACGGAACAGAAGACGAGGACCCUGAUAUUGAAUGCCGCAAAGAGGGGACAGAAAAACCCAUCCCAAGCGAAACAAGGCGCCGACGAAGCACGAAUAUUCGCUAGAGAGCUGAUUAAGGUACGGAAGCAGUCGGCAAGACUACACACCAGCAAGGCACAAUUGCAAAGCGUACAAAUGCAAGUGAACGAGGCAUUUUCGGUUCGCAAGAUCGAAGGCAGUCUGAAGGCCAGCACUCGGAUCAUGAAAGAUGUCAACACAUUAAUCCGAUUACCAGAGCUGACCGGAACCAUGCAAGAGCUGAGCCAGGAGUUGAUGAAGGCCGGCAUCAUUGAAGAAAUGGUUGGUGAUGCUCUACCCAACGAUGAGUUGCUGGAAGGCGAGGACGAAGAAGCGGAGAAUGAAGUCGACAAGGUUCUGGGCGAGGUCUUGAAGGGAAGGUUGGGCACACCAGAACAACAAGUCCCGCAGCUCCCAGUGGAGGCAGAGGAAGAAGAGCCGGAAGAGGACAGAGAAGCAGAGCUGGAGCAAAUGCGCGGGAGACUCGAGGCGUUGAAGAGCUGAAACACCCGCGAGUAUGGAACGAGCAAGGACGGCCGUGGUGGUUUGACGCGUCUGCGCGUCUGCCGCAAAAACCGCCAGUUUAUACUACGGGUGACUACUAUGUUUUGAGAUGAUGACACAUGAAUGGCGUUCUAUGGGAUCAGGUAGAGUAUUCUGUAUGUCAAGACCAUCGUUGAGGAUACUUACAAGUAGUGGUCCUGUCCCUACUCGGUACCCGCGCCGCAGGCCGUAGUUCGCCUUGAC